AUGUAUCCUUUAUCUGACGCAAAAUUAGAAAAGGUAUCAAACAAUGAAAUAAUAAGAAGGAUAUUGGAAUUACAAAACGCUAUUGCCAUUAUUUCAGAUAACAUGGAAGUGGUGAAAUAUAGAAAUAAAAUAUUAGAUGAAGAAAAUGCAAAUUUACAAAAUCAUAUUAAAAGCAUUGUUAAUGAAGUUAAAAUCGAAUAUUCUCAAAAUAUCAAUAAGAUAAAACAAACUCAAUCAAAAUAUUCACCUAAUCACCUUACGGAAAACAAAUAUACUAAGCCGCAUGGGCAUACUACUAGCCCUCAUAAUAAUGGCAUUAAUUAUGCGCAUAACAUUCAAUCUCAGAAUAAUGAUGAAAACAAAUUAAUUCAUAAUAACAAUAUGUAUGGGCAAAGCAAUCAAAAUAGAGAUGAUCAAAAUAAUAUAAUUGAUAAAAAACUCUCUGAAUAUGCACUUAAUAAACUAAUACCUCAAGAAUAUACUAAUGAUAAUGAAAAGUCACAUUGCGAAAAUAAUCUUGAAAAUGUGAAUAUAAAAAAUAAUCCAUCUGACCCAGAAAUUGAUUUAAAGGAUACAAAUUAUAUUUAUGAUGGAACCUAUAACCAUAACGAUAAAAGAGAUUGUGAGAAUCUUCAGGAUUUUAAUAAUCAUUCAUCAAAAAAAAAUAUUUACAAUCUUAUAAUGGAAACCGAAAAAAUAAACUCUAUUUUCAGCAUGGCAUCGAAUGUCCUUAAUAAGUCUUUUUUUAAUACACCUAAGGAUUAUGCUGCGCCUAAAGUUAAAUAUCCAAAUAUCACGAACAAAAAUCAUAUUAAACAUUACAAUAUAUCAUCUUCAAACCUGCAUAAACUCGCCGAUGAUUUAGUAAACAAAACAACAUCUAUAGAUAAUAAAACGCAUGAUCAUUUAUCUGAAAAAAAUAAUACUAUUGAAUCUUAUGAUCAAGUAGAUAAAGAAGCUAUUAAUGGAAUGGAAAAAUCCAUUUUAAAUGUGAAUCUUCCACCACAUGUGAACAAGUUAAGUGCAAAUGAGGAGGAAAAUAAUAAUAAAAAUGACACAAAUGAGGAGGAAAUGAAUAAUAAAAAUGACACAAAUGAGGAGGAAAUGAAUAAUAAAAAUGACAAAAAUGAGAUGAUCCCAAAUAAUAAACAAAAUAUUUAA